AUGUCGGAAUCUGUACCAGAUCAGGAGCAGCAGCAGCAGCUGCUGCAACAACAGCUGCAACAGUCACAACAACAGGGACAACAGCAGCAACCGCAACCGCAACCGCAACCGCAACCGCAACCGCAACCGCAGCCUAGACACUACCAGAAUAAACAGAAUGGUAAUAGAACGCAGUUUCAUAAGAAUGGAAGUAACAUUCAAGGUGGAAGGUUACCUCCACAGAAGCAUUAUCAAAAUCAGAGAUCGUACCAAGGCAAAGGCCAUAAUAAAAAUGCGAGAAAUCAACGUGCUGACUACGGUAAUAUGCAGAACAUACCAUCUUAUAUGCAGUACUAUCCUAGCCCUGUGGCCAGCGGAUUUCCAAAUCCAGGGCCUGGUGGAUUCUAUGGUUACAGCCCAACUCCAUAUUACCCCCCUGCAACAAUCGGAUAUGACGGCACGAUCCCGCCAGCUAUGAUGAGCCCAAAGUUCAAAGUAAGCCAGGAUACCAGUGAGUCUAGUACACCAUCUUCAGCUACUACCACACCUGUUGCCAAAAAGAUCGAGAUUACGAAUAAGUCAGGUGUCCACGUUGACUUAAGUGCGAUUCAUUUAGCGCAACAUGCUACAGAGGCUACUCCUUUAACUACUGCAGGAGCUACUAUUGCUGCGUUAAAUGAGGGAUCUUCAACUACUGGCGAAGAGAACAAAUCGGAUGAAAAUACCAAGAAGGCUCAGUUGGACUUUUUGGCCGAAGUCAAGCGCAGAAAGGAGAUGCUUGCGAAGAAAAAGGCGGUAGAUGACAUAGACGAUACUAUAUCUGAAGAUACACUGGGUGUGCAAUCGAAGGACGCAGAUCCAAUUGCUCCAUCUCAAGAUGGUUCUACUGCUCAGGAAGCUGAAACGGAAGCUGAAAUGGAAGCUGAAUCAGAGGUUAUCACUGAAAUUUCCACGGAAGAAAUCGUUGUAGAAACUGAACCUGAAGAAGUGCUAGAAAAUGAUGCAUCCGAAAUUGUUGCUGAGGUAGAUCACUCUAUUGAGGAGUCCGAUGCUGUUAAAGAGGAUUCUCUAGAACUCACCCCAACUGACACUCAAAUUGAAUCAAGUGUAGAAGACCAAGAACAGAAUGCUUUAAAGGACUCAGAACCUGUUUUAACAUUCGGGGAAAGGUUGAGAAUGAAGAAGGCAAAAGAAAUAGAAGAUGCCACUGUUCCUACACCAGUAGCUGAUGAAAUUACUGCUGAAACUGCACCAACCGAGGUAUCACUAUCUGAAAUCAGUGAAACUGUCGAGCAAAUCCCUGAUGAUGAAGUUCCAGAAACUGACGAUGCUAGUACAGUUGCUGCUGUCGCAGAACCAGAAGAUUCAGCCAAAGACGUGACCCCUAGUGUUCGUUCUAAUGCUGUAGAUAGUGCUCAGCAACAACCGGAAGAGAUUGAAGACUUUGACGACGGUAGGAUAACUAUGUCCGAUUUCUUAGCGAAAUUGGAUGCUAUACCUGCAGUUGAAGAUAUUUACAGCUUUACCUAUCCAGAGACAAUAAAACCCCCAUCUGAUAGAUUCAAGAAGAGUACAAUUAAGUAUACUUAUCCACCAGAGUUUUUGUUACAAUUUGGUGACAAGGUUAACUUCAGAAUAGAUAGCAAAUGGAGGGAUACUGUUCUUACAAAGAUUGUUAUCCCCCCAGGUUCCAUGAAAGCACUGAAGGGUAAAGGGGGCGACAGAUUUGCUGGAGCUAACUAUAAGAGAUCUGGAUCGAUGAGAAUUGGUGACAGAUCGAACUCUAAAUCUAUGUCAAAGAGAAGUAAGUCUAGAAGAAUGGGCGAUGACAAUAAAUCCAAUAGGGCUUCUUACACUUCUAGAAAGGACCGUGAAGCCAAGCAAGAAGCUGAGUCUGAAAAACAACGGGAGGAAGUUGCUCCUUUGGUCCCAAGUGCAAAUAGGUGGAUUCCUAAGUCUAAACAAAAGAAGACAGAAAAGAAAUUAGCACCAGAUGGGGUAACUGAAUUGUUGGAUAAGGAAGAGGCUGAGAGAAAGAUGAAAUCUUUGUUGAAUAAACUAACUUUAGAGAAAUUCGGUACUAUUUCAGAAGAAAUUAUUGGCAUUGCAAACCAGUCUAAAUGGGAAGAAAGUGGUGAGAGCUUGAAGGUUGUUAUUGAACAAAUCUUCCACAAGGCUACAGAUGAACCACAUUGGUCGUCUAUGUAUGCUCAAUUAUGUGGUAGAGUCGUUAAGGACCUGGACAAAGAAAUCAAGGACAACGAAAAUGAGGGUAAAGUUGGCCCACUAUUAGUUUUGCAUUAUUUGUUUGACAGAUGUCAGACAGAGUUCCAAAAGGGUUGGGCUGAUAAACUGCCUACCAGCGAAGACGGUUCAACUAUUGAAGUUGAAUUAAUGUCUGACGAAUAUUAUAAGGCUGCCGCCGCAAAGAGAAGAGGCUUAGGUUUGGUCAGAUUUAUUGGUUUCUUGUACCGUUCUAACCUAUUGACUUCCAAGAUGAUGUUCCAGUGUUUCCGUAGAUUGAUGAAGGACUUAGCAGGUAACCCAUCUGAAGAAACUUUGGAGUCAGUUAUCGAAUUGCUAAAUACCGUUGGAGAGCAAUUCGAAAGAGACUUUUUGACUACGCCAAAUGGAAGUACUUUAGAAGGUUCUGCUCUAUUGGACCAAUUGUUUGUUAUGUUGGAUCAAGUUAUUGAUGUCAGUGAUAUUCCUUCAAGAAUUAAGUUCUCUCUAUUAGAUCUAAAGGACAGAAGAACCGAUUCUUGGAACGGUGGUAAGAAGGAUGACGGUCCAAAGACUAUUGCGCAAAUUCACGAGGAAGAGGCAGCAAAGAAGGCAGCCGAUGAGAGAGAAAAACGAAUGAGGGUUAACUCCAGAUCGAGUUCAAGACAUCAAAAUAGUUCUAUGGGUCGCAAAAGUAACUCGAGAAGAGAAGCUCCACCUCCGUCGAAAGAUGAUUUCAUAACUAUGAGAUCAGCAUCAUUGAGGUUUUCACAACAGCAAAAGCAACCAAGAGAAGAGGCCCCAACUCAGCAAGCCUCUUCCAACAUGUUUAGUGCAUUGAUGGGCCACGGUGACGAAGAUGAUGAAGAAGACGAAGAGUAA